AUGUCUCCAGUGACAUUUUCUGCAGACAGGCAGGCCGUGAACAGCCAUGCUCCGCGCGAUUCGCUGGAACUCGCUUCUCUCGCCUCUACAUCGUCUGCCCAACGGUCUUCCGUUGAGUCUUCGCGGUCGGGCAUCUCCUCGUCCCGUAAACUGUCGUUGGAGGCCGACGACCCGUUAUCAGAACAAAGUGGACUAGGAUCGUAUCACGCGCGCGGCACUCGCUCAUAUUCUGUGUCUUCAGCCUUCGACUUUGGCACCAAUUUAUUCCCCCUUUCGCAAACAACCGCCGGCGGCUACGCCCCUCUUGGCGCACCUUCUGUGACAUCCUUGGAACGGUAUACGGGGCUUCGCGAUGGCUCGUUGGAAAAGCACAAAACCCUUACUUAUUUGAACGGGCUGUCCUUGAUUGUUGGACUCAUUAUCGGCUCGGGUAUCUUUUCGUCUCCCAGUCAGGUCAAUUUCAAUGCUGGGUCACCGGGCGCAGCCCUCAUCGUGUGGGUCAUCGCAGGCGUUUUGGCCUGGACAGGAGCAGCAAGCUACGCAGAGCUGGGAGGAGCUAUCCCUUUGAAUGGAGGACCGCAGGUAUAUUUAUCCAAGAUAUUCGGGGAGAUGGCGGGCUUUCUGUUCACCUGGUGUGCUGUUUUCGUACUUAAGCCAGGCAGCGCCGCGAUCAUCGCCAUCAUAUUCGGGGAAUACGUUGUGAGAGCGUUUAUUGGCACGGAGGUGGAAACCAUCAGCCCAUGGAUCAACAAAGGAGUUGGCUUCGCCGGUGUCCUUUUCGUGACAUUCAUCAACUGUGCCUCGACCAAGUUGGCUACGCUCGUCGGCGAUAUCUCGAUGCUCUUCAAGUUUGGCGCAUUGCUCGCAAUUGCAAUCAUCGGCGCCGUCGUCGCCAUCACUGGAGUGCCAUCCAAAGGGCAACCGAACCAAGACUGGAAGAACAUUGGUUGGUUCGAGGGGACAAGCACGAAUAUUUCAGACUGGGCCGUUGCCCUGUACGCAGGGCUGUGGGCAUACGAUGGAUGGGAUAAUACAAACUACGUGGUCGGCGAGUUCAAGAGACCAAACCGUGACUUACCACGUGCUAUCCAUACGGCGAUGCCUGUGGUUAUUCUUUGCUAUCUCAUGGCCAAUGUGUCUUAUUUCCUUGUCCUUCCACUGAGAACAAUAUCCGCCACUGAUACAAUCGCCGUUCAAUUCGGAGCCAAGGCCUUUGGUUCUAUUGGUGCACUUAUUCUGGCCUUGGUGGUUUCUGCCAGCUGUCUGGGGGCGCUGAAUGCGACGGCCUUCACAAGUGGCCGUUUAGUAUACGCUGCGGGCAAGGAAGGCUAUCUGCCCGCUAUUUUCGGCAAGAUCGGGGUUGGAAAAUCGAGCAGUGGUAUGACUGGCAAUAAUCGAUUGCAGCAUCGAUCGCGUUUCCACAAAGCUUUCUCAUGGCUCUGUGGAGGUUCAGCAGCAUUUGGGUACACUCCCGUCAAUGCAAUGCUUUUCAACACUGCACUGAUCGCAGCAUACGUGGCCGUGGGAGAGUUCGGCACCCUCAUCACCUUUUAUGGCGUUGCAGGAUAUACGUUUUACUUUCUGACCGUGCUUGGACUGAUUGUGCUGAGGAUUCGAGAACCCCAAUUGGAGCGCCCCUACAAGACUUGGAUCACCACGCCAAUCAUAUUUUGCUGUGUCAGUCUGUUCCUGCUCAGCAGGGCGGUCAUCGCCGAACCGCUCCAAACGCUGAUUGUUGUCGCUUUUGUCCUAGCUGGCGUUCCUGCUUAUUUCUGGAGGAUCUAUAAACGGGAUGGGAGUAUCAAACUGCCCAACUGGAAAUUUUGGCGGAGGUGA